UACGGUUCAUGGAUCACAGUUCUUGAUAGUAAAUAACAAUAUGAAUAUAAUAACAUCGUAUACCUAAACAUAUUAUUAUUUAUUACAUAGGAAGUGUAAGUUUUCAUCUUUUAAUAUUUUAAUCUCAAUUCGUUAAUUUUGUUUUCAUAUGUUCGACGAUUAUUACUUACUUGUUUAUAAAGUGUUUCUUAAAGUAAAUUAAAACUAACAACUAUAUAGAUUUCAGUGUGGCCCACUAACUAUAAUAUUAUAUACGUAGAUAAAUAUUAAUUCAAAAUGAUACGAGUGGAAGAAAGUCGUAUAAAAUCAUAUUUAACUAUGUACAAAUUUCCUGAAAAUACAAAAAAAGAAAUUAUAAAAACAUUAAAUUAUUAUCAUGGACUCAUUUGUAAUUUUGAGACAUUUUUGUUUUCAAAUAGAAUUGAAAAGAAACUAGUUAAUUUGAGUGGUACUGUUCCUGUUACAUUUAAAGGUACCACUUAUCACAUUCCAAUUUGUAUCUGGCUAAUGGAUACACAUCCAAAUAAUGCACCAAUUUGUUAUGUGAAACCUACAUUGGAUAUGCGAAUUAAAAUGUCAAUGUAUGUUGAUCACAACGGUAAAAUUUAUUUACCAUAUUUACACAAUUGGACUCCGACCACGUCCAAUCUUCUUGAUUUAAUUGGAAUAAUGACAGCAACUUUCUCGGAAACACCACCUGUAUAUUCAGUUAUUAGAACUGAACAACCAGUAAACCCUGGUUAUCCUACUCAAAUGCCAUAUGGUGGAACUGGUUCAAACGUGAUGUUGCCAUAUUCUUCAAUACCAACACAGUCUACUGCUACUUCUAAUCCUUCCACAGCGUACCAUGGAAGUUCUAAUACUCCUUAUCCUUUGUAUAAUAAUCAGUUUCCGACACCAUCGCCCUAUCCAACAGGUUCAGCAAAUACAUCAAAUUUUCCUCCCUAUACUCCACCGUAUACAACACAAAAUUCUUCUCAAAACUGCCCAUACCCUCAGCAACCUGCACCAAUAAGACCAGAAUAUCCUCCUUACCCAUCAACUACUAGUAAUUUGCCUAAUCCUUCUACAGGGUUGAAUGAUGGUGGUACAAUAACAGAAGAACAUAUCAAAGCCUCUUUGUUAUCUGCCAUUGAAGAUAAAGUACGAAGACGCUUUAACGAACAAAUGGCCCAAAAUAAAGCCGAAUUAGAUAUAUUGCAACAUUCUCAACAAGAAUUAUCACUUGGAAAAAAUAAACUAGAUUCUAUUCUGACGAGUCUCAAUAAAGAAAAGUCUGAAUUAGAACAAAACAUUCAAGUAUUGCGUGAUAAAGAAAUAGAACUAGAAAUGGCUAUUUCCAAGUUAUCCAAAGAAGAUAAUAUUGAUAUUGACGAUGCUGUAACAACAACCGCGCCUCUUUAUAAACAAAUAUUGAAUUCAUUUGCUGAAGAAGCCGCAACCGAAGAUGCAAUUUAUUAUAUGGGAGAAGCAUUAAGAAGAGGUGUGGUUGAUCUAGAAGUAUUUCUGAAACAAGUACGUUCACUCUCCCGUAAACAAUUUAUGUUACGGGCUUUGAUGCAACGAUGCAGGCAUAAGGCUGGUCUAGUGGCUUAAUUCAAAAGACAAAGGAAAUAUACUAACAAGGUAUUAUAGUACUAUACUAUUUACAAAAUGAGAUGUUUAAUUUCUACAAAUAAGUUAAAUGGGGUUAAACAACAUUUUGUGGUAUAUUCAAUUAUAAUACAUAAACUUCUGUUUUUUAUUUAGUAACAGUAUAUUUGCUUCUGUUGACUAUUACAACAGAGAUCAACAAUAUACUAAUUUUGUUAGCCUCAUAUUACAUUUUAUCAACCAAAUAAUUUUAUUUUAAUAUUUUAUUACUAUAAUUACUGUGCACAUAAAAAUAUCAUAUUGAAAAUAUGUGAGUUGAUAUUUCGAUCAUUUUGUCUCUAAAAUAAAUAUUUUUUUUUCAUUUUAUCAUGGUAUUUUGUUGUAAGUUAAGAAAAAACACGUACGAUAUAAAAUUAAUAAAAUACAAAUAUAAUUUUAUUGAAGUUAUAAUUAUUGAAAUCUGUAUUAAGUUAAAAAUUAUUAUUAUUAUUAACCGUAUAGUUCAUAAUAUCCACAAAAUAUAUUUUGAUUAUAAUAGAUUUAGUAUUCUAUUAAAUAUCUACUUAUAACUAAUAGAUUUUGUAUAAGAAUUUUAAAUAUAUUAAUGUUGCGUCUAAAAUAAUAGUUAAAUUAUAGUAAAGUAAUGAACUAUUAUAGCCCAAGAUAUGUGAUACCUUAUUUUAUUUCCAAAAAAAUAAAAUGGUCUUACACUUAAUGCUAAUGUAAAUAUGACGUAAAGAAAUUAUUAGUUAUAUUAAAUCUGAACACUUAUUUUAGAAAUAUGUGAUUUUAUAUUAGUAUUGUGUACUCAUAAAAAUUUCAGCAUCUAUGAGGAAUGAUAAUACAAAUUUACUCAUAUUUGACCAAUAAUAUUUUUUUUAGUUAAAUUCAUAUAAUUGAAUUUGCCAUCUAUAAAUUAUGAUUAAAAUAUCCUUAUAUUAUUGUUUUAGAUUAUUAUACUGUAUUAUGUCUUAUACAAUUAUGUGUAAUAUAUAGAGGUUAAAUAAACCAA